AUGAACUCAACUGAAGAGUGCUGGUUCAUAGUGGGAGAAAACAAAGAGUAUGCAAAUAUAAGCCAAUUGAAUCUGGCUUCGAAUAAACCAACAUGGCAAGCAAACCCGUAUGAACCAGGAAACAGUAUAUUCCACUCCAGCAAUGCAGUAGACGGAUUGAAAUCUGACCGCAGAGGACAUGGCGGACAGUGUGCUAAAUCAGCUGAUAAAUACAGAACAGCCACCUGGUGGGUAAACCUGACAGGAGUCUACAGCAUUCAUGACAUAAGGAUUUAUCCUAGGACUGAUAAUCGGAAGUGGAGUAGAAGACUCCUGGGGUUUUAUGUAUAUGUGUCAAACACAACUAACCGACGAGAUGGUUACCUAUGUUUCCGAGACACAAAUUAUACCAUAUCAACGAUACCGGAUGUCCUCAAUAUAACAUGUCCUGUACAUGGGCAAUAUGUCAUCUACUAUAAUGAAAGACUUUCCAAAGUUAAAUAUCCUGAUGGAUACUCCAGUAAGGCAUACAACGAUCUCUGUGAAGUGGAGGUUUAUGGAUGUAGAACUGGAUAUUACGGAUCUAAUUGUUCUCUCCUCUGUCCAUACAAUUGUCGUUAUUGUCACAUAGAGACAGGAGAAUGUUCAUGGUGUAGACCCGGGUAUCAGGGAUAUCAAUGUGAAUCUGUUCAAACAGAAGAAGAAUCAUAUUGGCAGUUUAGAUUUUAUAUCAUGUUCGGUGCUUUCUUUGUUGCAGUGACAGCUAAUGUAGUCUUAAUUACUUAUAUCUGUCAGAAGGGGCGACAAAGGGGAACAACGCAUAUCCUGACGACAAAAGAGAAAUGCAAUCCUGUAAAAAGUAAACCGAUUUAUGAAAAUGAUGAAGGAAAUACCAAUGACUGUUAUCAGGAACUAACGGAAAUGUGA